AGGAUUUCGAGAGAGAGAGAGAGAGAGAGAGAGAGAGCACAGCUGCGCAACAGCAAUGGCGAAGAAAUGAUAUUACUACUACAGAAGAAAGAUGGAAAUUUGAUUGCUUUUUGCGGGAAAUGAUUAGGUUAACCAUAAACUUCUCAACUGAUUUUCUCCUCUUGGCUCCUGCAAUUUGAUGACUAUCUCUUCUACUUUUUUUCUGUGAUUGUUUGCUUUCGAUCUGUCGUUCUGUAGAUGUGAGUUCUAAACUUCUUCUGCUUUAAUUGUUGUGAAUUUCACUGGUUAGAGAGAUAGAAAGAGAGUGUUGCUUUUCUUUUCCCGUUGUUUUUCAUUUCUUAGCGAGCUCCGAUCAUGUCGUCGUCAUCGUCGUCGUCGCAGCUUCGGCUUAUGUCCGAUCUCAAAUCCAUUAUAAACGAGCCUCCGGAGGGAUGCAGCGCCAGUCCAAUGUCUGAUGAUAACUUGUUCGUUUGGAGUGCGACCAUUUUCGGCCCUGAAGAAACUCCUUGGGAAGGUGGUGUUUUUGGAUUGCGGCUGAUUUUCGGUGAUAACUAUCCCGAGAAACCCCCUCGAGUUCGCUUCACUUCAGAAAUUUUCCAUCCCAAUGUUUAUCAUGAUGGAACCCUUUGCAUGGACAUCAUUCAGGAUGCAUGGUCGCCCUGUCACAAUGUCUCUACUAUUUUGACAUCAAUUCAGUCACUUCUCACUGAUCCAAACCCAGCAAGUCCUGCAAAUCCUGAAGCUGCGCAGCUGUAUCAACAUGAUAUUCAGGCUUAUAAUAAGUAUGUAACUUAAAAGAGAGUGCGCCGGUGUGCUCGUAGAUCCAUUGAAUCUUUGUAGCUUUUAAUUGGCAGUUGCCAGUGUUCUUCAUUCCAUUGACCAAAGUCCUCAUGUAUUCUGGAAAAAGAUUUCCUUGAGCUGUAUGUAAUGACAUAGAUCUUAUCAUCUGGUUUCAAUUUGUCUCACCGUUAUUUGUUUGGUACCCUCUCUGAGUUUCAAAUCAUGUAUAUCAAAACAUGGUCUUUUCAUGCAGAACCCAUGUGUACAACUUCCUGAGGAUUUUAAAAGAAAAUUGCAUCCAAGAUCAUAUAAAUUUAUACAAAGUUUGACAA